UUCAUCCGCGGGCUGGACCUACUAAAACUAGACACAAUACUUGAAACAUAUAUGUUUCAAGUGACUAAAAGGGACAUCUAUUAACCUAUGGACGCAUCUAGACUAGAGUAACGAGGUAACAUCGUGGUGUCGUUGAGAUCCGCUGAUCUAUGAAGCAAUAGUUCGUGGUAGCCGUGCCGCUGGGGUUGCGUAACUGCCAGAUAAAUGCGUUGAGGUGGGGAGCCACGAGGCCAAGGUGAGUUUUGGAGCAACACGGAAUGGAUACACGGUGUUACUUUAUACGGAUGGAUAUAAGCGCGCAGUGGGUAAAUCUGCGACGACCUCGUAUGCCCGCUAGUCCUCAGAAGAGAACCCCCCUAUCGUAUACCUACGAAGAGGUCAUCAGGAUGGCUUCCAAAGAUAAGGAAAUUAGAAUUGGUGAUGGGAGCCACCGGAAGUGGGAAAACAACGUUUAUCAAUCGCGCUAGUGGGUCUGACUUCCCCGUCGAGGGUGGUCUUGAGAGUUGCACGACAGACGUGGGGACCUCGAACCCAUUCCUUCUCGACGGUCGGUUUGUCACCUUGAUAGAUACACCAGGAUUCGAUGAUACGGUUCGCAAUGACACCGACGUGCUGACUUCUAUUGCUGCUUACCUGUCUAACACGAAAGUCGUCCCCCUACACAGGUAUGAACAGGGUACCAAGCUCGCAGGCAUCAUUUACAUGCACCGUAUCUCGGACGUUCGAAUGAGCGGCACUUCUAAGCGCAACUUCCGCAUUUUCCGCGAACUCUGCGGAGAGAGUACGCUCAGCAACGUCCUGAUCGUCACAAACAUGUGGGGAAACGUGGACCCCAGGAUUGGGGAAGAACGAGAACGAGAACUUGCAACAAACGAUAAGCUAUUUAGGCCUGUCCUCGAAAAGGGUGCUCGGCUGCUCCGCCAUGACAAUACUGAGGCUUCUGCCCGUGCCGUCCUCCGUAACUUGAUCAAUAAUCAAGCAGCUGCCCUUGCUAUCCAGCACGAGAUAGUCGAGGAACGCAAGGAUCUCGCUCACACUGCCGCUGGGGCUGAGUUGACUCGCCUACUGAAAGAACAAGUGGAGCGGUACGACGAGGAAGUCAGGAAAUUGCGCGAAGAGCUAGAACUUGCGACACAUGCCAAGGACGAAGCACGCAAGGAGCUCCAAGAAGAGAUGGAAAGGAAGCGUGAGGAGAUUGAGCGCAUUCAACGUGAUGUCGGACGAAUGGCGACGGAUUUCAUGGCCGAAAAAACGCGACUAGAGGACAAAAUAGCGGAGAUGGAGGCCGAAAACCGCCGGCAUUUGGCCCAUCUGCGGGACUUGCAGGACCAAGUGGAUAACGCCCGUAAAGAAGUGGAGAGCAUGCAAAUAGAGCAUGCCCGACGCGAGAGUGAGCUACUUGCGGUGCAGAGGGAGGAAGCUGAGCGCAAGGCUCGCCUUCUGGAAGAAGAGCGGCUUGCAAGGGAGCAGCAGGUCGAAGCGCAGUACCGCGAAGAGAUCAGCAAAGUGCAGGAAAAGGGGGCGGCGACAGACGUGAAGCGAACUCCAGAACAGAUGGUGCACGGGGAAGCGGCAAAUGAGCCGCAUGCGACCAUCGGAGGAGAGGAUGAAGACACAAAAAAUUUCGCAGAAGACGUCGCCUUCUUGAUAGACUUCGUGACCAAAACUUUCUUGCCAAGGUCGAUUGAGACCCGGCUCAAAUCCUUGAUGGCGCAAGCAGCUCGAACAGCUAGGGAGUCAACAACUUCCGGUCAUAAAUUUGUUAGCACGUACCUUUCGCGUUAGUUAUAUGUAUCAUUAAUAUAUUCUAUCAUUUACCUUGACAAAGUAUGGGCCUGUGGGGGGGAGCUGCAAUUCGUGAUGAGGGCUAUUAAACGCAGUUGUACAAUAAUUCUGUCAGAGUCAAAAGAAAAGAAUCUACGUACGACUCCCAAA